AUGUCUAACGACACACAAGCGUAUGUCCCAUGCACGUUACAAACUUGCCCACUUUCCGACGCUCCUAUUCCUUAUCAACCAAAUCUGGGCGCAAAUGCUUUCUUCUUGGGUGUGUUCGCCGUGGCGUUGGCCGCCCAGCUAGUUCUGGGCAGUCGCUAUAGAACCUGGAGCUAUAUGAUCGGCAUGGGAGGAGGUCUUGUUCUCGAGAUAGCGGGCUACGUGGGCCGAAUCCAGCUACAUGCUAAUCCAUUUGAAUUUGGCUGUUUUGUACAAUACCUGGUCUGUCUGACCAUUGCUCCAGCUUUCAUCAGUGCUGUGAUAUACCUUUGCUUCUACCGCAUCAUUAUCAUCUACGAUCGCUCUCUCUCAAGAAUCAAGCCAAAGGCAUUUGCUGUGAUUUUUAUGACCAGUGAUUUUCUCUGCCUGGUUCUUCAGGCUGCUGGUGGAGCGAUUACUGCAACUACCGGCGGUGCAAGCAAGGAAGCAGCGGCCAUGCACAAUACCGGUAUCAAUAUGAUGAUUUCUGGCCUGGCUCUUCAAGUUGUCUCGCUUCUCAUUUUCAUUGGCUGGGCACUUGACUAUGCGUGGUUUCUCAGUCGAAAGGGUUUUGUCCCGGCUUUGACUACUAAACAAAGUAGGCGUUGGAAAGGGCUAUUGAUUGCUCUAGGAAAUGCUACAAUUGCAAUCUUGAUUCGCUCCGUAUUCCGAGUUGCGGAGCUUCGAGACGGCUUUCAAAGCAAGCUAGCUGGCAAUGAAGUUGCUUUCAUGAUUCUUGAAGGAGGGAUGACCCUGGUCGCGACAGGUUUUUUGACUAUUUUCCACCCAGGCCACUGUCUUGGUGUUUCAUGGAAAGUGACACCUGAUCACCUAUAG